GCGCCAAAUGGGUUUUCUGCGUUUUUCACUUUUCAAAACACUGCAAAAAAAAAAAUGGCGGUCAAUCCUUUCCUCAUCCCCAUUACAAAGUCUCCCCCUCACAACUCCUUCAACUCACCCAUUGCUCCUUCGAUCUCUCUUUCUCUCUUCCGAUUUCAAUUUCCGACCAUCAAUAGCCAAGAGCGAAGGGCUGAGACCAAGAUCCAAUGGCCGCCACAGAGAACUGUGCCCGUGUCACUCGUGCUUCCAAGAAGAGAGCUGCGACGGCCGCCGUGGUCGAGGGUCAAUCAGCUAAUAAGAAGCGGGUGGUUCUUGGAGAGCUUUCCAACGUUCAGAAUGUUAAUGGGUCGGUGGCACCACAGAAGAGAAAGGCCAAGUCCCAGAUGACAAAAUGCAAGCCUAAGAAGAGAACGAAGACUGGUGUUGCUCCAACGAUCAAGAAAGCGGUUGUUUCUGAAGAUAAUGAUCCCAAGUUGACCGUUGAUGAUAUUUUGGACGACCCAGAAAUGAAGGGGCCUUAUUCCUCGGAUAUUUAUGCUUAUCUUAGCAAAAUGGAGGCGGAACCAAAAAGAAGACCGAUUCCAAAUUACAUAGAGAAGAUUCAGACGGAUGUUAGUGCUAAUAUGAGAGGGGUUUUGGUUGAUUGGAUGGUAGAGGUAGCAGAGGAAUACAAGCUAGGCUCCGAUACUUUGUAUCUAUCCAUCUCUUACCUCGAUAGGUACCUAUCCAUGAAUAUCCUCAGUAGGCAAAGGCUUCAAUUGUUGGGGGUUUCUUCAAUGCUUAUUGCCUCGAAGUAUGAAGAAAUCACUCCUCCACAUGUGGAGGAUUUCUGUUACAUAACAGAUAAUACUUACAGAAGGGAUGAGGUUGUGAAGAUGGAGGCUGAUAUUCUCAAGUCUUUGAACUUUGAAAUGGGGAAUCCUACUGCCAAGACAUUCUUAAGGAGGUUCACUAAUAUUGCUCAAGAAGAUUUCAAGAUACCAAAUCUGCAGUUGGAAUUUCUUGGUUAUUACCUUGCUGAGCUUAGCUUAUUGGACUAUAAUUUUGUGAAGUUCUUGCCUUCUAUGGUUGCUGCUUCAGUCGUAUUUCUUGCAAAAUUUAUCAUCCGACCGAAGCUGCAUCCUUGGGGUCCAAAUAUGCAACAAUACACUGGCUACAAGCCAGCUGAUCUAAGGCCAUGUGUCAUUCUGUUACAUGAUUUGUAUAUGGCCAGAAGAGGGGGGUCUUUGAUAGCUGUGAGAGAAAAAUACAAGCUACAUAAGUUCAAGUGUGUUGCGAUGAUGCCUUCACCUCCUGAGAUACCGUUUUCCUAUUUCGAAGAAGCAUAGAUUGGCAAAAGGAUCAUUGAUAGGUUUUACUUGUUAAUUGAAGACAUGAUUUUGACACUCUUCUGAUUGAUUGAAAGAAUUUUUAGGAAGAUGGAAAUUUGUUUUCGGCUCUUCAGCAGGCUCUUGUGAUUUUGGUGCCUCAAAGAUUAGGACCCAUAUUGUUAAUAUUAGUUGAAAGAUGUUUCCUUUUGAUUUUGACAAGUUGGGCAUUUUGUAGUUUGUACUCCUUUUUACCUGUAAAUUGGAAAGUACUUCCAUAUGAAUAACAAUAAAGAAUGCAUCCGUGGCCUUCUCUUUUCUUUAGAA